AUGGGCUCAAAAGACGAAAAAUUGCCUCCCCUAGCAAGAAGAAAUAAGACCCGUUCCAUACUAUAUUUUGCCACAACUUUAGGAUCAAUACUGAUACUGGUGAUACACCUGGUUGCUAGUAGGAAUUCAAAGAGCAUUUCAGCUUGGGUUUUCGAUCCAUUACCAAUUUAUCCUAUAAAUAAAGAUACAACACAGCAAAAGAAGAAUAAAAAUAAACUACGAUUAAGGCAUGUAUAUCAUAGAGGUACUACAGGUCAAGAAGAAGUACAUAAGGUACUUGAUAUAACACCAAAUUUCAUUGAAACAAAUUCAUUACACACUAUGGACUUGAAUAAUAUACAGUAUGAUUGGCCUGUGAAAUAUAAACAUCAAUCACCAUGGACUGUGGAAUUACCAUUUAAUUCAAAUCAAAUGACAUUGAAAAGAUUAGCUGAUAGAGAUCCAGAGUCCAUUGAAUCAUAUUUAAACUAUGCAAGAGAAGUUGGUUCAGAAGAAAUUUCUAAAAUUCAUUUAGAUUGGAAAGAUGAUGAAAUUAUUGCACCAAAUGUAACUGAUAAAGAAACUAUAAUAACUUUAGCUUUAAUGUCUUCAAAUGCAUAUGUUGAAAUCCCAGAAACUGGUGAUUGGAGAGAUGUUGGUUGGAAUAAAUCCACAAGUCAUGGUUGGAAUGGUACUGGUCUUCGAGGUCAAAUUUUUGUAAGUGAUGAUAAUUCCACUGUUGUUAUCGCUUAUAAGGGAACAAGUGCUUCAUAUUUAGGUAAUACUGGUGAUGACACAACUUCUGUUGAAGAUAAAAAUAAUGAUAACUUAUUAUUCUCAUGUUGUUGUGCUCGUGUUAGUUAUAUGUGGACUACAGUUUGUGAUUGUUAUGAAAAAUCUUAUACAUGUAAUCAAAAAUGUUUAGAAAGAGAAUUAGUUAAAAAAGAUAGAUAUUAUCAAGCUGCAAUGGAUGUUUAUAAAAAUGUUACUAAACAAUAUCCAAAUUCAAAUAUUUGGGUUACUGGUCAUUCAUUAGGUGGUGCAUUAUCAAGUCUUAUAGGUAGAACAUAUGGAGUUCCUGCUGUAUCAUUUGAAGCACCAGGUGAAUUAUUAGCCACAAAGAGAUUACAUUUACCAAUGCCACCAGGUUUACCAAAAUAUAUGGAAGGUAUCUGGCAUUUUGGUCAUACUGCAGAUCCUAUUUUCAUGGGAGUUUGUAAUGGUGCUAGUUCUGCAUGUUCAGUUGCUGGUUAUGCUAUGGAAACUCAAUGUCAUAGUGGGAAACAAUGUGUUUAUGAUGUUGUUACUGAUAAAGGAUGGCAUGUAAAUAUGUUGAAUCAUAGGAUACAUACAGUUAUUGAUGAAAUUUUGGAAGUUUAUAAUGAUACUGCACCAUGUAUUGAUACACCACCAUGUCGUGAUUGUUUUAAUUGGAAUUAUGUUGAUGAUAAAGGUAAAGGUGGUAAAGAUGAUAAAAAUUCUAAAUCAACAAUUAGUACUUCAACUUCUAGUAAAACUUCAGAAAUUUCUACACCAACACCUACUAAAGAACCAAAAUGUGUUAAAUGGACUUGGUAUGGUCGUUGUUAUGAAUGGGAGGAUGAUGAUGGGCAUGUUGAACCUUCUUAUAGCUGA